AUCUUUGACGGCGAAUCUGAAUGGGUCUAUUCCUGACAGCAUCUCCUCUCUCACUCAACUAUGUGAACUGACUCUUACAAACAACAAUUUGACGGGCUCCAUUCCCAAUGGCAUCGCCAAGCUUUCCUAUCUCACCUUAUUGUCUCUUUCAUACAACGCUUUGACAGGAUCCAUUCCAAAAAGCAUUUACCGGCUUCCUCUGCUCAAUCAUCUGUCUCUCUCAUACAACACGUUGACGGGCUCCAUUCCUACUGACAUCCGUACUUUGAGUACGGUUCUCACUUAUUUGUCUCUUGCAAACAACAAUCUGACAGGCACCAUUCCCAGCGACAUAGUCACGCUUGGUCAGCUUAAUUAUCUGUAUGAGACACCUCCUUUAAGGCUGGGACUAAGCACGCACGAUGAGUACCCACACCUUGAGUGGGCCCUGUGUCAUUGUCUGGUUUGA